AUGCAGGCCCAUCGCAAAAGAAAGCCAGGGCCAAGCAAGAAGCAUGCGGUACCCUUCGAAAGCCCAACAGUGGUGCGAACUCGAUAUCCAACGCUGCCUCUGUUUACUUUCGAAGAGUGCUUCGAUUACGGUCGGUAUGCGGAAUCUCCUCCAGAACACAGACACUUUGUGCCGCGUUACUCAAAGCUCAAGAAAGCCGGUGGAAAAUCAAUUACAUUUUAUGAAAAGUGGAGACGUAUGCAGUAUGAUAUGAAUUGUGUGAUGAAGAAAUUUAUGAACAAAGCUCAAGUUAAUCUAUCUGUGCUCCCUCCGUGUGCGAAUUACAAUUUGUGGAGACGGCCAAGUUGGAGAAAAGCGUAUAAUAAACCGUUGGAUGAAGAUCCAUGUCCAGAUUGCGAUGUUCGUUUUCGCUGGGAAAAGAAUGUUUGGAAGACGAAAGUGGCGCCGGCUUCGAUCCUAAGCGAGUCACGCUGGCCCAGGAAUCAGUUCAAGGACUCUGUCAUCAUGAUUGGACUUCCACAGCACAUUGCCAUUGGAUUCCUCAGAUUCAUCAACGAAGAGCAGGCAGUUUUUGAGUUCUUUGAUCCGGCAGGACCAACUGGCGACCGAGAAGGCGUACGAGAAUUGAGAAAAUGGGUAGAACAUGAUCUUCCCCGAAGAAUCGGAAAGCCAGUGGAAUUUCACCAAUGUCACCGGAAAGUCAAUUUCCAGCACGAUAUCGAUGAUGUGAUGUGUCAGACAUGGAUCUGGUACUGGGUUUAUUUCAGAAUUAUCCACGAGAUGUCGCCAAAAACUAUCGCUACGCAUGUUCGUACCUUGAUUGACGAAAACAGAAGUUUAAAACAUAUCCAUCGAUUCAAUUGCUGGCUCUCUGAUUUGUACACUAUCGGCUUCAGAAACAAGGAAACUGUCUCUCAAACAAAUAUCGCUCAAUCUGAAACACCACGUGACCCAAGAACAGAACCUACCAACGUCCCAUCGACUUCUUUAGGCUCUCCUAGACGAGUCAGACAUGAUCGCUCUCUAGUAAGAGUCAGUCGUCAACGUCCAAGUCGGUCAUCCAGGGGAAGUGUAUCUCAUCGUCAAUUCACGUCAGUUCAAACCGGAAGCGUCUCCACAGUAAACCAAAAUCGCCCAAGUCCAAGAAGAGUUGAACGAACUAUCAGCAACGCUGGUUCUGGUGCUGGGACAAGCUCAAACAUCUACCGACCGCCGCAUGCUCGCCGAGCUCUAUCGGAUCCUCAACGUGCGCGGGCAAUUUCUCCGCAGCCAAACGAGCCGACCCUCAUUCGAAAAGAAAUCCGACGAGCGCGGCCUUAA